AUUAAAUCUCAGCUAUACUUCCGUGACGCCGUGCUUGCUUUUAAAUGUAUGACUGGAUCCGCUCCUACUUACCUCUCUUCGAAGUUUCUAACGCGCGGUAAUUUUAGCGGUCGCACGACCAGAAGCUCCCAACUGUUGCCCAUACCAUUAUACAAAACUAAAUCUGGACAAAGAACUUUUUAUUAUCGCACUGUCAGCCUGUGGAACAGUUUAGAUAAUGAUCUUAAACUUUGUAAUUCUUCUUCUAAUUUUAAGCGUAAACUUAGGGCCAAAUUAUUUGCUGCUUUUCUUUCUCCUCGGUCCUAG